AUGGUUUUCAUCCCUGGCGAUAACAAAGUUCAAAUCCCCGAACUAGCCGACACAGAGGGGCCGCCCGCCUAUACCCCCUACGAUACCCCCGCUCCAUCCACAAUUUCAGGCUCCAGCUACCCAUCAGAUUUCUCCUCCCUCCCUCCGACUCCGUCCUCCUCUAAUCCGUCUUUUCCUAAUGCCUCAACAUCUCCACUCAACAUCCCCAUCUCCAACGCCGUAUCCUCAUCCCGCUCAGUCUCCCUAUCUGGCCCCCUCAAAAUCCUCGAAUCGGUUUCUGGUUCCUCAUCCGUGACAUUGCAUAACCACGUGACCGUUUGCGGUCCCAUUAAGGCGAGCGCGAAAAUUGUUCUCUACGAUCACGUCACUGUAUACGACGAUGUGAAAUCGAGUUCGUCGAUUUCGUUAGAUGGAGGCGAGGGGAAAGGGGGAGUGGUGGUGAUGGGGACUGUGAAGAGUAGUUCGAGUAUAGAGAUGAGAGGGAAUGUGUAUGUGCAGGUUGAUGUGAGGAGUAGCUCUAAGGUGUUACUAGAAGGAAUAGGAGGAUUGGUGAGGAUUGGAGGAAAGGUGGAUGCGAGUGGACAGGUGACGAUUAGGGGAGCAGCAGAGGUGGGAAAUGUGGAGAGUAGUGGCAAGAUUAUUGUUGAGUCGGCAGAGAAGCAGAGGAUUGUCUUGGGAGAUUUACAGUCGCGAGGUGGAAUGGAGAUUGAGGGAGAUGUGGAAGUUCGCAACGAGCUGAAAGCCAGUGGUAAUGUGAAGAUUAAUGGAAAGCUGCAUGUUCAUGGAAAUUUCACGGUCCAUGGUAAUGUCAAAGUUCAGGCUGGUUCGGAACUCAUUGUGAAUGGCAGGAGAACGAUACAUGGGAAGAUGGAGAAUGCUUAAAUUCGAAGUACUGUUUCUCCAACUUAAUGCCACGCUUUUGCCAACAGGUCUUUUAAGCGGCAAAGAAAUGCACCUCUGAGAUUAGCGUCAAUUAAUGCAAGCGAAUUCCUCUAGCUGUUGGGACUUAACAAAACCCCGACUAGCAAAUCAAUCAUUUGGCUAAUCUGGGAAUCAAAUCA